AUGGGCAUUUUCAAGAGUGACAAGGAGGCUAAGGCCCCUCAGGUCACCGUCACCUCGAGUCCUCAAUCUUCGGCGCCAGGAACACCGCCGAUUGAGUCGGCACUGCUGAGCGCAGAGCAGAACGCGAUCAAGUUGGAGAAGAGACCACAGUUUGGUCGAUUGGCUUCCUGGAGGGGGUCCCUGAUUCUGCUGGUCACUUCGGGAGCGCAAUUCCUCGAUAAUGUCUUCAUGACGAGCGCGAACAUGGCUUUGUCGUCAAUGCAGGAAGAAUUCCAUGAGUCGAGCACGAAUCUGCAGUGGAUUAUUUCUGCAUACACUCUGACCUUUGGUGGAUUCCUCCUACUGGCGGGAGUCUUGUCCGAUCGAUAUGGACGCAAGACUAUCCUUUGUGCUGGCCUGGCAUGGCUGUCUCUUUGGACAUUGGUUAUUGGUUUUGGUACGAGCUUUAUCCAGCUCGCCAUCUUUCGUGGUCUCCAGGGAAUGGGUGCAGCGAUGACGGUCCCAUCCGCAAUUGGAAUUAUCAGUUCCUACUUUACUGGCCUCGACAGGACCAGGGCGCUGUCCAUCUAUGCCUCCUCCGGCACGAUUGGCUUCUGCGCUGGUCUCCUUAUCGGUGGUUUCCUCACUUCCUCCUUGGGCUGGAGAUAUAUCUUCUACUUGAUUGUGAUCAUCACUGGCUCUCUGGGUAUUCUGGGAGCCAUCGUGAUUCCCAAGGAUGUUCCCGUCGCAGAGAAACCGAAGAUGGACUACGCCGGAUCUAUCCUGUCUACGGCUGGUCUCAUCCUCCUUCAGUUCGUGUUGUCUAGUGGUGGCGACUACGGAUGGAGCACACCUUUCAUCAUUGCACUGCUUGUCGUUGCAGUCCUUCUUCUUGUUGCUUUUGUUGUCCUUCAGCACUACAUCAGCUAUCCCAUCAUGCCACUGUCGUUGUGGAAACUGCGCAACUUUGCCGGACUUUGGAUUGCUGGAUUCACUUGCUAUGGCAGUUAUCAGAACGUCAUCUACUACAUCGUCCUGAUGGCCCAGCAAGUGGACAACCUGAACGCCGGUGACACCGCCCUUCGCUUCCUCCCCAUGGGCGCGAUUGGGUUCGUUGCCUCGAUGGGAACCGGUAAGCUCCUCGAAUACGUGAAUGGAAAGUACACGUUGCUCGCAGGUCUUAUCUUGACUGUCGUUGCUCCCAUCCCGAGUGCCUUGACCGCAACAAAUCAGGAGCCGGACUUCUGGGUCAAUGUCCUCCCUGCAUCCCUGAUAAGCAUUACCGCUGUUUCCCUUAUCUUCGUGACCACCAGCACCCUCAUUUUGACUACCGUUCCGGUUAACGUCAAGAGUCUCUGCGGUGGAAUGCUCAACACCGCAUUCCAAAUUGGCUCCGGAGUCGCGCUGGCCAUUUCCGCCGCAGUCACAGAUGCAGUCGACAUCUCAAAAGGCCACAGUAUCGCGCAGCAAUACUCCACUGGUCUCUGGUGCUCUGCCGGUCUUGCUGGUCUCGGACUGAUUAUUGCGUUCUUCUCGGUUCGCCGAAAGGGAAUCGGUCCGAACGAUCGGACAGAUGCGGACAUUGCUGUUUGA